AUGCGGGAGCAAACAGAAGCUGCAUCGCGACGACAUCCGCAGAACUAUGAGACCGUCCCAUAUGCGGAUGUCGUCGCGAUGCAGCUUCUGUUUACUCUCGUAUCUACAACUGCAACUGAAUGGGCGCACGUUCAGAGCACCGGUAGAUACGGGAGCAAACAGAAGCUGCAUCGCAACGAUAUCCGCAGAACUAUUAGGCCGUUCCAAAACCUAGGAACGACGGAAAUUCUACCUAUCCGAUAUGGUACAAAAAUCAUAGAUGGUUCACUGGAACUGAUAAACUUACCAAAUGGCAUAGAAAUUAUCUUGGGGCAAGACAUGAUGAAAGGUCUUGGACUGUAUGUAGGUGGUAUUCAAACACCCCUUGCCCCGAUAGAUCAUACAGAGUUAGAUGCCCUUCUCGAACCGCUACCACGUCGGCAAGCUCCUAUUACAACGGAAUCAGCUGGAGCACGACAACGGUCAACAGCAGAACUCGAGGCGAACGUGGCCAUUGUUGACAACGCACGUUGA